GUUAAUAAUUAGGUAACGUGCAAAUAAAUCAUUAUCAUCACGCAAUCAAAACCUUUUGCUAUCAUACUUCAUACCAGUAGUUAGUAGACAUCGAACAUUAUAUAAAUUAUGUAAAAAAGUUUACUCGAAACAAGUGUUAAACAUAGCAGCCCUAAGUGUAUAACAACCUUUACGUCAAAUAUCUUUCACUUUUGAAAGGAAAACAUUUCAAAAUUUUAGGAACCUAUUUUUAGCGUAUAUUAUUCCCACGUUUUAGAUUAAGUUACUUUCUAUAUUUUUAGUUUAGUUUUAACUCUUGAAGUGCCAGCACUUUGAACAGUAUGGGCCGCAAAUCUCAAUCAAAACAAAAUCCCAAGAAGAAUGCAGGGAAGGAAAACAAUAAGUUCAUUCAACAAAAACGUAAAGAAUUAGCAGUUCUCGUGGAUAAAGUGUUGAGAUUAACGCGAGUAUUCCAGGCUUCUACUAAUGUGAUAAAAAGUUGGGAGCAUCAUUUAGAAAUUGAUGCUCUCAUUAAAGAAAUAUUGAAUCUAGAGGGUCCUCAGCCUAAAAGUGGACAGGGCAGGCAUUCAAACAUUGAUAAGUUUUACAAGUGGCUAAGUGAGAAUGAGGUGCAACUUGAUGGUAUUGAAAUAGCCGAGUUUGAAGGCUACGAGUUUGGUUUGAAAGCAACAAAAGAAUUCAAAGAAGGUUCGCUUCUUCUGACUGUGCCAUCAAAGCUGAUGAUGACAGAGAAGAAUGCUAAGGAAUCAGAGCUAGGAAGCUUCAGUGAUCCGUUGUUGCAAAAUAUGCCAAAUAUAACACUCGCAUUGUUCCUGCUAUUAGAAAAGAAUGAUCCUAGUAAGUAUUUGUUCUUUUUAAUAUUAUUAUUUUAGUCUUAACCUUAUCUUAAACCUGUAAUGGUCAUUAGAAUUAAUUUAAAAUGUGUCUGCUCCACCCAUAUCUUUAG